AUGGAGGAUGACGACGUUGGUGUGCACCGCCUUGAAGGCUCCACCGGUAAUGUUCGCGGCGGACUUGUAAUUAAAAAGCCCAAAGAUGAGGAUGCCGGUAGUAAAUUCAAAAUGCCCAAACCGUCCAUACUAGGAUUAGAUCGUUUAGCAGCACAACGUCGUAAAGAGCGAGAGGAAGCGCAGCGCUUGAUAUCUUUUAAAGAUAAUGAAAAUGAUGAAGAUGAUCAUAAAGGUGGUGUAUCUGCUACAUCCGCUGGAGACGAAUUUGCUUUCAAAAAGCCCGACACCAAUAAGAUUAAUAGGCAGUUAAGGGAAUCAAGAGUGGAGACACCUUCUCAUACCGGUGGUGUGUCUGAAGAGGCGCGAGAACGUUUGCGUGAGCAUGUUAAACGGGAUAGAGAGCGCACUACUAAAGGCGGGAUGCGUUAUUCCACACGUGAAGACAGUAAACGAGAUAAUAGAGAUCGUUCAUCAUCAAGCUCAUCAAGUCGUGAUCGAGAUCGCGAUAGAGAUCGUCGUCGUGAUAGAGAUAGAUCAAGAGGGUAUGAGCGCGAUCGCGAUCGUGACAGAUAUCACGAUAAAGACAGAAAUAAAGACAAAGAACAUCGAGAUCGUAGUAGAGAAAAAUCAGAGCGUGGUAAUCGUGGUGAUGCAACUUCGGUUCGUAGUGGCGAGCGUACACCACGUUUUAAGGAUGAGCCACGCACACCUAUGGACAUUUCCGUGAGUGGUAGUGCAUGGGAUGACGACGACAAUGAUCGACCUUCACAGACAAAAAAAUCUUCUUGGGAUUUUCCAACGCCCAAAUCAUAUGCCAGUUCAGAACGCUCCGACUGGUCUGUGAGAAGUAGCAGUAGUGGGAUUGGCACAAGCAGUUCUCGUGGUCGUUCGCGUCAAGAACGCGAAGAUGAUACACCCAGACCAACACCUGCACACAACUAUAAUGUUUGGGCAAAUGACCGUAAGCGGUCUGGUGCUACACCCGCAACCGGACGCAGUAAUCGGCAACCUUGGGGUGAAAGUGAAGAAGAUCGAGACAUGUGGGAAGAAGAACAACGCCGUCUAGAUCGUGAAUGGUAUAACAUUGAUGAAGGUUACGAUGAUGAAAAUAAUCCAUUCUCAGGUGCCAAUGCAGACUACUUUAGAAAACGCGAAGAAAUAAUCGAGCAAAAGCGCACGAAACGUAUUAGCGCACAGCAGCGCCAAAUUAACAAAGAUAAUGAGUUGUGGGAGCGCAACCGCAUGCUUACAUCAGGCGUAGUAAUGUCCAUAAAUGUAAAUGAAGAUUUCGACGAGGAGGCGCUAGAGCGUGUGCAUUUGUUGGUGCAUCAUAUCAUUCCACCGUUCCUUGAUGGACGAAUCGUAUUCACCAAACAACCCGAACCCGUUAUACCCGUCAAAGAUCCAACCUCUGACAUGGCAUUGAUUGCACGAAAAGGCAGCAGUUUGGUGCGUGUUUACCGCGAGCAAAAGGAACGCCGUAAGGCGCAAAAGAAACACUGGGAGUUGGGCGGUACGAAAUUGGGUAAUAUUAUGGGUAUCGAGAAGAAGGUAGAUGAAGAGGAUGCUAAAUUCGAUAAGGACACGGAUACGGCAGACUAUCGACGUGAUCAAAAAUUCGCCGAACACAUGCGUGAACAAGAUUCCGGUGGUAAAAGUGAUUUCGCGCGCAAGAAGACGAUCGCUGAGCAGCGUAGAUUUUUACCCGUAUUUGCUGUGCGCCAAGAGCUGCUGAACGUAAUUCGCGAGAACUCGGUUGUUAUUAUUGUGGGUGAAACGGGUAGCGGUAAAACAACACAAUUGACACAGUAUUUACAUGAAGAUGGUUAUAGUAACUUUGGCAUGAUAGGUUGCACGCAGCCGCGUCGUGUUGCAGCCAUGUCGGUGGCGAAACGUGUCUCGGACGAAAUGGGCACCAAGUUGGGUGAUGAAGUGGGUUAUGCCAUACGUUUCGAAGAUUGCACUUCUGAGAAAACUGUUAUCAAAUACAUGACUGAUGGUAUCUUAUUGCGUGAGAGCUUACGUGAUCCCGAUUUGGAUGGUUACUCUGCCAUUAUUAUGGAUGAAGCGCACGAACGUUCGCUCUCCACGGAUGUGCUCUUCGGUUUGUUACGUGAGAUCGUUGCCCGUCGCCAUGAUCUCAAGCUGAUCGUCACUUCCGCCACGAUGGAUUCCACGAAAUUCGCCACAUUCUUUGGUAAUGUACCGAACUUUACCAUACCCGGACGUACAUUCCCCGUCGACGUGAUGUUCAGUAAAAAUACUUGUGAGGACUAUGUGGAAUCGGCGGUCAAACAAGCGCUACAAGUCCAUCUUACGCCCAACGAGGGUGAUAUGCUAUUAUUCAUGCCCGGUCAAGAGGAUAUCGAAGUCACUUGUGAAGUGUUGGCCGAACGUUUGGCAGAAAUCGACAACGCACCCGAACUAUCCAUACUACCGAUCUACUCGCAAUUACCCUCCGAUCUUCAAGCGAAAAUAUUUCAAAAAUCACCUGAAGGCUUACGCAAAUGUGUGGUCGCCACAAAUAUUGCGGAGACCUCACUGACUGUUGACGGUAUUAUCUAUGUCAUCGAUUCGGGUUAUUGUAAACUAAAAGUUUACAAUCCGCGUAUCGGUAUGGACGCACUGCAGAUUUAUCCCAUUUCGCAAGCGAAUGCCAAUCAACGUUCGGGUCGUGCCGGUCGUACAGGUCCCGGACAGGCGUUCCGCCUCUACACGCAGCGCCAAUACAAGGAAGAUCUACUGCCGCUGACUGUGCCCGAGAUACAACGUACCAAUUUGGCGAACACGGUAUUGUUGCUGAAAUCGUUGGGCGUUGUGGACCUGCUGCAGUUCCAUUUCAUGGAUCCACCACCACAAGAUAAUAUACUCAAUUCGCUGUAUCAGCUGUGGAUACUUGGCGCUUUGGAUCACACUGGCGCAUUGACACCGCUCGGUCGGCAGAUGGCCGAAUUUCCGCUCGAUCCGCCGCAGUGCCAAAUGCUGAUCGUCUCCUGUAAAAUGGAGUGCAGCGCUGAGGUGCUCAUCAUAGUAUCGAUGCUUUCUGUGCCCUCCAUUUUCUACCGCCCCAAGGGACGCGAGGAAGAAGCUGAUGGAGUCCGAGAGAAGUUCCAAGUACCAGAAUCGGACCAUCUCACCUACCUCAAUGUGUACCUACAGUGGAAGCAGAAUAAUUACAAUUCUAGCUGGUGCAAUGAGCACUUCAUACACGUCAAGGCCAUGCGUAAAGUGCGUGAAGUUCGCCAACAGCUCAAGGACAUUAUGAUACAGCAGAAACUCAAUGUGAAAUCCUGCGGCACCGAUUGGGACAUUGUACGCAAAUGCAUUUGCUCGGCGUAUUUCUAUCAAGCAGCGCGUCUCAAAGGCAUCGGCGAGUAUGUGAACUUGCGUACUGGCAUGCCGUGCCAUCUUCAUCCCACCUCUGCGCUCUAUGGACUCGGCACCACACCCGAUUAUGUGGUCUAUCAUGAGCUCGUAAUGACCGCCAAAGAGUAUAUGCAGUGCGCCACCGCCGUCGACGGUUAUUGGUUGGCCGAAUUGGGUCCUAUGUUCUUCUCGGUUAAAGAGACCGGUCGCAGUGGGCGUGAAAAGAAGAAACAGGCGGCCGAACAUCUGAAGGAAAUGGAGACGCAGAUGCAGUUGGCGCAAGAGCAGAUGGAAGAACGCAAAUUGCAAGCAGCCCAACGUGAGGAGCAAAUGACGCCGAAACAGGAGAUCAUAACACCUGGUGGCGCCACGCCCAGACGCACGCCCGCGCGUAUAGGCUUGUAAUUGUUGCAAGUUCGCAGACAAGCAAACAUGUGUGUGUGCUUAUUGACUCGUGUUACGUUUGUUAUGUCCUUGGAGGGUGUGUUCUCUGUGUUCACUAGACCAAUUUAAUAAUCUGUAUUUAAUCAUUGAAAUAAAGUGAAUUACGAAGGUGUGUUAAAAAUCGGA